AGAGUACUUUCUCUAAGCAAUAUUCUCAAAGUACAUAUUCUUAUCUGUGUCAAUGGGUGUGCGUAUCUGUUUACUCACAAUGGAAACGAACCGGUUAUACCGGACGUGAAAUAAAUUUUUAACGAAUCACCGAGUAGUGCCCCCUUAAUCACCAUGCCCACAGCGUCACUAUACAACAACAAAUAAACAAUGGAACUCGCCUCUGCUAAACAAAACAGCCAGAGUGGACGUUGUCAAGAAGAGGUGAAUUAAAUCGUUAAUAUAAAGCUAAGCGAAAAGGAAAACAAAACAAAAAAAUUUCAAAUCGGGGAAUGAAAAAAAUAUUGAUUAGAUUUUUAUUUUAAUUUAAAUCAUGUCUUCUGAUGCCCUUGUCAAGUGUGUGGCCUAUAAGCUCAAAUACCACAUGAAUGUAAUACAACGAGAAGAUGGGUUCAGUCCUUCUGGAAAUUGCUUCAAAUAUCAAAAACCUGUUGUUUAUCCUCUCCCUCCAAGUUUACUUUACCUACAUGAUGGGGAUUAUUCUCAGAAAAAGAGACUUUCAUCCUGCAGUUCAUUAGAAAACAAGGAUUCUGUUCUAUCUCGAAGAAAGCAAAGAUAUCCAAAUAUUCCUUACUAUUCACCUGCUCUUGUGGAUAAAAAAAGAAAAGAAAGGGUUGUAAAAAUUGCUAGUAAAAUACUAGUUGCAUUGGGUUGUUAUGAUGGUUCUGGUCUUCAGCAAGCAAACAGACAUAAACUGUUGCCGCGUAUUCAAAAGAAAAAUAGUAAUUUGCUGAAUAUACAUCAAAGAAUGCAACAUUUUUAUGAGGAUUCCAGUGGAGAGGAAGAAAGCUAUUCUGAAAAAGAAUAUGAGUCAACUGAACAAAGAGAAAACAUAGAUUUAACUCAGCAGUCAGACAAUGAUGCUGAAUGUAAUCGCAACUCUGACAGUCCUGUCUCAGAAAGAGGAAGAUCCUGUUCAGGUGCAGACUUUAAUCAUGAGGACGAGAUAGUUACUGCUGCAACACCUAGGAUCCUUACUGAGAAACACAUAAAGCUGCACACUGAGAUAACAGUCUCUACUUUCAAGAAGAAGACAUCUGAUGGAUUGCCACCUCCUCAGAUCAAUAAUAUACUGCCAGAACCAUACGAUGUUUUGAUUGAAAAUUCCACCCAAACUGAUUUCACAGAGUCUGUCGAUCAGAAUAUUCAUCAACAAGCAGUUAACAAUGAAAUAACAUCUGGCUCAGUCACUAAUUAUAAAAUUGUGGUAAAAACUGGUAAUGAAUUAGGUGCUAGCACCAGAGCUCAAGUUAAAAUAGUGUUAUAUGGAGAUCUUGGAAGAACCAAAUCUAUAGAUUUGCUUGAAUCGAAGACAAACAAGAUAAAAUUUCAAAAAGGAAAGGAGGAUCAUUUCUUUGUGGAGUUAUUUUCUGUUGGUCAUUUGGAAAAGAUUCGCAUUGGCCAUGACCGUCCUGAGUUGCCAUAUGCUUGGUUCUUAGACCAAAUAACUAUAUAUGACCUUCAGCAGAAAUGGACCUACGAAUUUCCUUGUGCUCAAUGGUUUUCUGGACAAGGUGGAGACAGAAAGACAUACCGUGACCUACUUGGUCCCUACUGUUCUACUAGUGAAGAUAUUGAUAAUGUUCCAGUUGAUCCUCUCAUUCAGUUAUUAUCAGAAACUGAAAAAAAUGCUGAAAAAAACCCUAAUACUAAUAAUACAUCAGAUUCAAAUUACAUCACUUUGUAUGAUAAACUUUAUAUUAGGGAAUCUACUGAUGAGGAGAGCACCGAGGAAUCAUCAGAAUCAAAUGAAAGCAGUACAUCAGAAGACUAUGGAAGUGAAAAGAAAGUAAUCUCUGUACAAAACUAUGUGACAGUUGAAACCCAGACUGUAAAUGUAAACAAUAAACCUCACAUGACAACUGACAUUCCACAAUCGACCUCAUAUGUAAGUAAAACAUCAAAAUCGAAGUCCAAGCAUAAAACUACAAUGUCUAGCGGUUCUAGACAAAGCAGCAUUGAUACUUCAUCAGAAGAUUCAAGUUCAACAUCAGCUGAUUAAAAUCUGUAAAUUGUUGCUAAAAUUCUAGACUAAAUCUAAUGUAUUUAAAAAAAUAGUAUAAAGAACAUUUCCAAUUUAAACUUAGUGUUUGCUAAAUAUUAUCAAAGGAAGAUUAUAGUUUAACAGUAAAUAUUUGUGAGAAUUAUUUGGCCUUUGUUAUAAAUAGCUUACUGCUUAAAUUAAUAAAAUUACAAAACUGAAGUAAAAUGCUAUCAAAAAGAAAGCUAUUCCAGAAAAAAUUCACAGUAAUGAAAAAUGGAUUUAUUUGACAAACAAAUAAUUGCUUCUGUGUGAUACUUUUGCAGUGUGAAUGAAACGAGUGUAGUUCAAUAAUAUAUGUAAUUAAAUAACUUGACCAUUAACCAAUAGAGACAGCUAAUUAAUUUUAUCGUUUGUUCGUUACAUAAAAGAAAGAAUGAAUUUAUAAGGAUAAUAAUGUGAAAACUGUAAUGACAGAAGAACAAUAACAGUAGUGUGGAAAAUCUAAAGAAGAAAUAUUUAUUGUGUUCUGUUACUGCUGUGAUUUGAAUAUAGGUGCCAUAGUUUGGUGUAGAUAGCCAGAUUAUUUUAAAUCUAAAAAAUACUGUUCUGGGUCAAUAAACAGAACAACAUAGAUUUUGAAAUGUGAAGUUGACAAAUAAAUUAAUGGAUGUUAUAAAGAAUUUCAUAUUUUAGGAUUAAAAUUUUGAUAUGAUAAUAUUUGUUCAUUGCUAUCGAAAUAAAGGUUGGUGUGAUUUGAUGAAUAAAUAAGAUAGUAUUAUCAACAAACUAGAAAAAAACAAAACAUAAUCGCUUUUGUAGAUCCAGGCCAGCUUUCGGAAAUUUAGUAAUACAUGCAAGAUAAUUUUGGAUUCAUAUGUUUGAAAGAUAUCCUAUGGGAUUUAGAAAUCCUAAAAGAAGUAACAUUUGUAAAGUGAUACAAAUAAAUUAUUUCCAAACCUUUUAUUAAUUUAUGAUUGAAUUAUAAGAAUUUAUUCUGAUUUAAUAUGAGAAAUUUACAGUUAUUUUUUUUUUUUAAUAGGUCUAUAAUAUUUCUGAGGAAAAUUACGACUAAUUGAUCCGUUCAUUAAUAUCAUUAAUUCAGUAUUAUGUAUUUUUCCAAUAUGUUGCCAAAAAAAAAUAUAUAUUCUGAAAAAUAGGAAUUGCAGAUCUAUCUUAGCAGGAUAAUGGAAAAUAGUUGAGAUAGAAUGCCUUGCUUUGUUUUGGGCCCUCAACUCUUUGAUGGAAUUGUAGGGGUUGAUACCCUGAUACACAGUGUUUUGGGGAUUUUUAGAAUGAGUGGA